UCAACAUCUGACCUGUUCUCGGUCUCAUAGUUCAGCUCACUUUUCCUCUAGAAACUGUUGAACUCCCGAGCAGCUUUCUCUGUGGACCAGGGGCUGGCUGCCCGACCACUGCCCCUGUCCUGCCGAAUGACUCAGGGCUGCAGUGUGGUGGCCUGGGGGGGGAUGGACCCCCCAGAAGUCUCCGGCGGUGCCUUCGAGGUGGUCUGCAGCGGGACUGUGAGCCAGCGCGUCCUUUUCUGGCGGCCGUCAGUGUCUCGUGCCGUCGGGGAGCUGGGGCUCCGUGGGGGGUGCAGGCCCAUGGCUGUCGUGUUGCCCCACUCCUGGGGGAUGUGGCUCGUGCACCCCAGAGCUCUUUCCCACAAGUCCAGGAUCAGGCAGCCAUGCUGACUGAAUGGUUAGCCCCAAGACUGGCAUCCACGAACUCCUCAGUUCCGGGGGCGGCUGUGCCAUUGAGCAUGAAAGGAAAAGCCCAGGCAAAAACCAAGAAAGCCAGCAAGGUGGUGAACUCUACACCACAUCCUGCCUCUGGGAAGGCAGGGGCCCACCUGCUGUCUGGGAGGUCGCCUAAGAAGUCAGCAGGGCCUUCAGCAAAUGCCAUCCUGGCCUCAGAAACUGAGGAGGAGGGCAGCGUCCCGGCCCUCGGGACCACGGCCAAGCCCGGAAUGGCAUCAGCCAACCAGGCUGGCAGCUCCAGCGAGGAGACCUCCACCUCGAGCGAUGAGACCUACGUGGAGGUGAAGCCUUCAGUAAAACCACCCCAGGUCAAAACCUCGCCCGCCCCUGCCAAGGACUCUCUAGGGAGAGGGGCAGCCCCAACCCCUGGGAAGGCAGGGGAUGUGACACCCCAAGUCAGAGGAGGUGCCCUGACCCCAGCCAGCAAGGCCAAGAAGCCAGAAGAGGACUCGGAGAGCAGUGAGGAGGAGUCUGAGAGUGAGGAGGGGGCCCCUGUGGAGCCACCCCACCAGGUGAAGGCCUCGGAGAAAACUGUCCAGGUCAGAGCUGCCUCGGGUCCUGUUAAGGGGACCCCUGGGAAAGGGGCCACCCCUGUACCCCCUGGUAAGAGAGGGCCUGCAGCUGCCCAGGCCAAGGCAGGGAAGCCAGAGGACGACUCCGAGAGCAGCAGUGAGGAGUCGUCUGGCAGCGAGGAGGAGCCGUCAGCUGCCAAGACGCCCCUUCAGGGACAGCCUUCAGGGAAGACCCCCCAGGUCAAAACUGCCUCAGCUCCUGCUAAGGAGUCCCCUAGGAAAGGGGCCCCUCCAGUGCCCCCUGGCAAGGCAGGACCUACAGCUGCCCAGGCUCAGGUGGGGCAGGGCAAGGGGGCAGAAGACUCGGAGAGCAGCACCGAGGAGUCUGACAGCGAGGGCGAGGCACCAGCAGCUGUGUCCCUCGCUGUGAGCCCUGUUCAGGCAAAGCCCUGGGGGCAAAACUCCCAGGGCAGAGCUGCCUCAGGGCCUGUGAAGGGGUCCCCUCAGAAGGCGGGGCCUGCAGCCACCCAAGUAGGGAAACAGGAGGAGGACUCGGAGAGCAGCAGCGAGGAGUCAGACAGUGAGGGGGAGGCGCCGGCCCAGGCAAAGUCCCUGGGGAAAGUCCCCCAGGUCCCCACUGCCUCAGGUCCUGCCAAGGGGCCCCCUCAGAAGGCAGGGCCUGAAGCCACCCAGGGCAAGGCCGCAGUGUCCAAGGAGGACUCAGAGAGCAGUGAGGAGGAGUCAGACAGUGAGGAGGAGGCGCCUGCAGCCUUGGCUCCUGCCCAGGCAAAACCGGCUAUGAGAACACCUCAGACCAAAGCCUCCCCAAAGAAGGGCACCCCAAUUACGCCAGCCCCUGCCAAGGUCCCCCCGGUGCGAGUGGGCACACCAGCCCCUUGGAAGGCAGGAUCGGCAUCUUCUCCAGCCUGCACGUCAUCCCCAGCAAUGGCCAGGGGGGCCCAGAGGCCGGAGGACUCUUCAAGCAGCGAGGAGUCCGAGAGUGAGGAGGAGACCACUCCUGACCCUGCAGCAGGACAGGCACAGUCUGUGGGGAAAGGCAUCCCAGUGAAAGCUGCACCCACAAAGGGGUCCUCAGGCCAAGGGGCUGCCCCAGUGCCUGCUGGGAAGGCAGAGCUUACAACAGCCCCGGCCAAGGCCGAGACGCGGGAAGACUCAGAGAGCAGUGAGGAGGACUCAGACAGCGAGAAGGUGACCGCAGCUCCAGCCCAGGUGAAGCCCGCGGUGAAAACCCCGCAGACCAAAGCCAGCAGAGUGGCUUCAUCCAAAGGGGCAGCCGCAGCUUCCAGGAAGGCGGCCGCUGCAGCUGCACCAGCCAGACAGGAGUCCCCGGCCAAGGUGAAGCCAACAGCAAGAGCCCCCCAGAGCAGUGCCGUCUCAGGGAGGGGCCCGGGCUCUGUGCCAGCCGUGGGGAAAGCCGUGGCCGCAGCAGCGCAGCCAGGGCCAGGCAGGGGCCCACAGGAGGACUCAGAGAGCAGCGAGGAGGAGUCGGACAGCGAUGGGGACGCCCCCACUCAGGCGAAGCCGUCAGGGAAGAGCCCCCAGGUCACAACUGCUUCAGCUCCCGGCAAGGGGCUCGCCAGGAAAGGGGCUGCGGCAGUCACCCCCGGGAAGUCUGGAGCUGUAGCCGUGCAGGCCGGGAAGCCAGAGGAGGACUCGGAGAGCAGCAGUGAGGAGGAGUCUGACAGCGAGGAGGAGGUGGCGGCGGAGGCAGCGCCGGCCCAGGUGAAACCCGCUGUAAAAGCCCCCCAGACCAAGGCCUCGCUGGUGAAAGGCGUCACAGGCUCUUCUAAAUCCACCAAGGCAUCCACGGCACGAGUGGACACACCAGCCCCACACAAGGCUAGGACAGCAACCCCUGCCAAGAAGGAGGGUGGCCCCAAAACUGCCAGAAGCAAGACCCUGGCCCCCGCACCUCCGGAGAAUGAUGCGGAAGGGUCCUCGGAGAGCAGUGAUGAGGAGCUGCCAGCCAGCCAGGUGAUUAAACCCCCUCUGAUUUUUGUCGACCCUAAUCGUAGUCCAGCUGGCCCAGCUGCAGACACCCCGAGGAAGGCCCGGGCCUCCGAGAGCACGGCCAGGAGCUCCUCCUCUGAGAGCGAGGACGAGGAUGUGAUCCCUGCUACGCAGUGCUCCUCUCCCGCCACGAGAACAAACGUGACCGUGCUCACGGCCCACCCGAGGCCCGCAGGCAGGGCUGGCACCGUUGGGGCCAGCAGCAGCGAGGAGUCCAGCCGGGUGUCCGAAGGCAAGAAACGGGAGGCACCGGUCGCUCAGGUGACAAAGAGGAACCCUGCUCACCUCCCGCUGACCCAGGCCACCCUGAAGGUCCUUGCCCAGAAAGCCAGUGAGGCCCAGCCUCCUGCUGCCAGGACCCCGUCUUCAAGUGGGGUUGACAGUGCUCUGGGAACACUCCCUGUGAUGAGGAGUCCCCAGAAAGCCCCCGUGCCGGCCAAAGUGACCAACAAGCUCAGAAAACCUGAGGCUCCUGCAGCCCAGCAGGCCACGGGCACUCCUGUAGCACGCCGCAGGGCCGAGGCCUCCGAGACCUCUGACGGCAGUGAGGACAGCAGCGGCAGCUCUUCGGGGAGUGAGGAGGAUGCCAACGGGCCCCGGACGGUCCCCUCGGCCCACAGACUGGUAGGUCCGGCCCCCUCCACAGUGGAGACCUUGGUGGAGGAGACCACGGCAGAGUCCAGUGAGGAUGAGGUGGUGGCGCCCUCUCAGUCUCUCCUCUCAGGUUACGUGACUUCCGGGCCACCUCUGGCUAAUUCCCAGGCAUCAAAGGCCACUCCCAGGCCAGCUCUCGACCCCUCGGAUUCCUCUACUCCUGCCACCAAAGAUGCCCCAGACGGCAAGCAGGAAGUGGAGCCCCAGCAUGUAGCAGGCACCGUAUCCCCUAAAACAAGCAGAAGAGAGGCUAGUGCCACGCCUCAGAAGGUCCGGAAGCCCAAGAAGGCGGCGGGGAGCCCCCAAGCCUCCGCGCUGGCGCUGCAGAGUGACAUCAGCCGGCGCCUCCUGAACGAGCCGUGGCCCCUGAACGAGGCCCAGCUCCAGGCCUCCGUGGUCAAGGUCCUGACGGAGCUGCUGGAGCAGGAAAGGAAGAAGGCCUCGGAUGCCGCCAAGGAGAGCGGCAAGAAGGCCCGGGGGGGCCGCAAGCGGAAGCUGUCGGGGGACCAGACGGCCGCCAGGGCCCGCAAGAGCAAGAAGAAGAAGCAGCCGGUGGCUGUGGGAGGCGGGGAGGGUGCGGUCUCACCAGAAAAGGCCUCCGGGACUCCUAAGGGGAAAUCCAAGAGAGCCGGGGCGAGUGGUGACCUCACGGAAAAGAAGGAAAAAGAGUCUUCUGGCCCCCAAGGGGCAAAGGAGAAGCCAGAAGGUGAGCCAGGGACACUGGAAGGUGGAGACCAGGGCAACCCAAAGAGCAAGAAAGAGAAGAAGAAAUCUGACAAGAAAAAAAAAGACAAGGAAAAAAAGGAAAAGAAGAAGAAAGCAAAAAAGGCCUCAACCAAAGACCCUGACUCCCCAUUCCAGAAGAAAAAGAAGAAAAAGAAGAAGACAGCAGAGCAGACUGUCUGAAGGGCACAAGAAGACAGAAGAAGACAGCCAGCUGCAGUGUCCGUGCUGGCCGAGCUAGGGAGCCCUGCAGAGAGGCUGGUCCGAGGAGGAAGAGGAGGAAAUGCAUCGAGACCCAGUGACCUCCACUCACUGAUUCCACGUCUGACUUCUGUCCUGACACAGAACGCUUCAUAUAGAUGUGUACAGUAUAUAUAUAUAUUUUUUUAAGUGACCUGCCCCUCCCCCUUCCAACCCAACAUGCCCAGAGGCCUCGGGACUUCCACCUCUUUGCCCUGCAGACCUAGCGAGGCCCAGCCUGCAGCUCCCUCCAUCCCGGUCUCUGGCUGAUGCUGAGGCUUUGUUCUCUUCUAUCAGUUUUCUUCCUGUUUUGUUUGUGGUUUUUUGUAACAACUCAAAAUAAAAGGCUUGAAGGAAAGGUGGGA